UACGUUUCAUUUUUCGAGAAUACUAUGAUAUCUGUAAUAUAGGAAGGAGUCAAUCCUUGUAUAGAUCUAAAUACUAAUAAUUCUGUAUGUUACGUGCAUCUAUAUUCAAAAGUUAACCAAUUUAAUCAGGUACGUAUAUUAAUAUAUAUACCUGCAUGAUUUAAUUAAAAACUAAAAAAAUUAAAUAUGUUACAAAACAACAACUUUUUUACCAAAAUUAGGUGAAAGGCCACAUGUUAGCAAGGAAAAACUAGAUUUUAGGUUUUUCAUCAUUUCUUUGAUAAGGAAAAGACAUAUAAAUAUUUUUAUUUAAAUAUUUACGUAUGCUAAUCUGUGAAAAGGAUUCUGUGAAGUGGCGAUUUCACAUACCAUACAAUAGCACGUAUCGGAUACUCUACUGGAAAUAACAUAUCAAACAAGCAAUGUCACGGUCAUAAAGUACUUACCGUAGUGUAACGGCCUGGAUAUUGGAUAGAUGUGUUUGCAAAAAGAUGGAAGACAAACGUCUGAGUCCAGACUCAGCUGUUGGACCGAUGUUAUGUAAUCAGAAAAAGGACAAAACAUGCCUUGUGUGUGGGGAUAAAGCCCUUGGCUAUAACUUCAAUGCUGUAUCAUGUGAAUCAUGUAAAGCAUUCUUCAGGAGAAAUGCUCACAAGACGAUACGGGGGAGGUGUGAAGGCAAGUGUGACAUAAAUGUGGAGUCACGGUCCUUCUGUAAAAAAUGUCGUCUUGCAAAAUGCUAUACUGUGGGAAUGAGGAAGGAUAUGAUAUUAGAUGAUAACCAGAAAAAACUCAGAAAACAGAAAAUACUCAUCAACAAAUUACGACGGCAUGGUACCUUCCCAUCAGAAGAUACAUACGCUGUAUCCGACACUGAUGUACAUUCCUCAGCUAGCACAUUGCUUGCCUCACAGAGCAAAGAAUCUCUGAAAGAACAAUUUCCAAGUUUAUCUGAGUCUGAUAUUGAGAUUUUGCAGGGAGGGAAAUCUGAAGAGGAAAAGAAGAAAGUAAAAGUUGAAUCAAAAGACAAAUGUGUAGAUGUGCAACCUUGGCAUGAUCAGGAAAAUAUUGAUGAUAUUGUUAGUAAAAUGGAUGAUGAAGAGAAAGAGGCUUUUCUUGAAAUGAAUAAGGCUCAUGAGCAGUCAUCAUUCCUUGCAAAUACUCAGACUCGACUGCGGAAUCUGCCAAAAAAUUCAACUGAUGUGUUUAACAUUGCAGAUGGAUUUGUUCGUAGAAUCAUAAAAGUUGCUAAGCAACUUACUAAUUUUCGUUCAAUAGACAAGGAUGAUCAAAUUGCUCUUUUAAAAGGAUCAGUUGUUGAAAUCAUGAUGCUCAGGUCUGCUGUGAAUUUUAAUAUUAAAACUGAGACAUGGAAUUUGAGUACUACAAGUUGUAUAAAUUCAUCUGCAGCGUCUAAUGUAUCCUCACCUGGAUCAGUAGGGAGUUCAAGUUCUGGCGAUUUCCCUUCUCUACCAGCAGGUCUUGAUAUUAACAAACUAAGAGAGGCUGCUAUGAAAGGAGCUGAUAUAAAUACAUUGCGUAAUAUGGCAAGACAAUCAUCUCAACAAGACACAAAAGCACAGGAAGUGCCUAAAGUAUCAGCAGAGGUGAAAGCCACAUUCCAAUCACCAGCUGCAAUGAAUAAAAUCCCUGGUUUACCACCAGGUGUAAAUGCUGAAACAUUAAAACAAAAAUAUGGUUUAAGUAUUGAUCAAAUGAAGCAGAAAAUGGCUGUUAAAGAAGAACAAAGUAGUGGCAGUGGUAUUGAUGAUCUUAGGAAUGCUGCAAAAGCUGCAGGAUUUGAUGUGGAUGCUCUGAGAAGGGCUGCUAUGAAUGGAGCAUCAUUUGAACAGCUUUCUCAAAUGGCUCAUGGUGGAAAAGUUGGUAAAUCACAGGAAAUGCCUUCAAACAUGCAGGUAAAAGAAGAAAAAGAGGAACCUCAAGGAGCUUCAAGUAUCAGUUCAGAGAUUCUUAAAAUAGAAAACUCAGAAACAAAGACAAUGUUUUCCACUUAUGUCAAGUUCAUUAAAUCGUUAAUGUUGACUAUACAAGGAGAUUUAAUGAUCCUUAAACUCCUUAUCAUGCUUUCAUUGCAUUCUUCUGAUCGUCCUGGUAUCCAAAAUACCAGUGUGGUAGAGAGAUACCAAGAAUUAUAUGCGAACACGUUGAAAAAGUACAUCAGCAUCACAUUUCCAGAGGAAAAAAAUAUGUUUGCUAAGUGUAUCAUGAAGUUAACUGAUUUAAGAAACGUGAAUGAGGUGCAUACAAAAAUGUUGCUCAAAAUGCAAGUGGAAGAUAUUGAGCCACUCCUGGUUGAGAUUUUUGAUCUUCCGCAGUAAGGAUUCCAUUAUCAUUGUUUAAAUUUUUAUAAACCUGUCACUGAAAUUUGCAUUACACAGAUAAAAGUUUGGUAUCCAUGCAUAAUAAUGAAUAGAUCUUUGUCAGAAGUGGUUUAGACUUACAUGUCAUUAAAUCAUGUUACAUGUUCUGAAAAAUUUGUUGACGAUGUUGAAUGUUGUAAAUAAUGAAAGGUGUGAAAUAAUUUUAUGUCAUUCUUACAAUGUAUGGGGAUUGCAUUGAUGUCAACAUGGAUUUGGCAUUAUUUUUUUUGUCAUAAGCCAUACAUUUUCUUAAUCAUUUGCUGUAGAGAAAGUGCUUUAGGGCUUUGUUUGCCAUGGAAACUCAAUAUUUUGUCUUGAUUUGGUUGGUGUAUUUGUUUUGUAAAAUACGAAAGUAUCAGACAUGCUAUUCAUGCAAAAGAUUAUUAAAAACUUUUUUUUAAUAAGAGUACACUUUGAUACACAGUUACCACAACAACAUUUUUUGUAUUAAAAAAAAAAAAGGUUUCAUUUAUACCCCUCUUGAGAAACACAAUAGUUUUAUUUAUUUUAUUUUUAUUGUUUUGAUUUUUUAAUUUUAAUUUUUUUUCCAGUUAGUUUAUAGUUCACAAUAUAAAUAUGUAUUUUAUUUGUUAUAAUUAUGUUUUUUGUUUUUUUACAAUUUUUAGUGAAAUUAUGAAGUGUCAACAAUAUUUGAUACAUAAAUUUAGGAGAUACAUUCCGUCUUAAUCGGCAUUAUAUGGUUACAGUGUCAAUUUAUAGUAUCCAAAUCCAAUGAAAAGCAAGUGGUAAAUUCAAAUUUGCAGUUUUCAGUGACAGGUUAUAUAAAUGUUCAGCGCCAGCAUAAUACCUCAUAUUUCUGCCUGUUAAGAUAGAUUAUUAUAACUACCGGUGAUUUGUUGUGUUUUGUAUUUUUAUCAGAAGAGGGAGAUGAAUUUUGCUCAUUAUGAUUGUUGCUCUAUCACUGUUAACUGGCUAUAUAUUUAGCUUGUCUAUCCAGCUUUGUUCUGCUAAUUUACUAUGUAGCAUACAGGAGUACAAUUCUAUUGAUUUAAGACCAUGCCUGUCUAGAAUGUAAUCCCUUCUUUACUAAAAAUGAUUGCAGUCUAAUGUUUUGAAACUAGUCCUAGUAAGUUUACUUAGCUUUUAGGUGAAGGCUUUUAAAAAGGAAGUAAUAAAUCUGCAUUUCUGUAAGAAUAAAUAAAGUAAGAAAAUAGUGGAAUGCCGCUGUGAAAGGAAGUAUUAUAACAUAACUAGAAGGCAGGGAUUUUGUAAUUGAGUUAUAUUAUUUCAUUUGAAGAGAUCAUUAUAGAAUAAUUUUUGUAUGACAGUUGGUCAUAUAAUAUUUUGAUUAUAGCAUAUAUGCUGUAAUCAUAGUAAAGGAGAGAUAAUAAUUAUAUUGAAUAAAGAGAAAUAAUAACCAGAUUUUAUGUACAUUCAAUAUUUGUGCAAUAAUUGUUAAACUGUAAUUUUAAUUUUAGAUAUAUUUAUAAUAUAAUGAUAAACAUUGAAAUGAAAUGUCUAAACAAAGGUCCUUGUACAAUACAUAAUGAUGAACUAGGAAGUCUGUAAACAUAGGACAUGUAUAAUACAUAAUGAUGAACUAGGAAGUCUGUAAACAUAGGACAUGUAUAAUACAUAAUGAUGAACUAGGAAGUCUGUAAACAUAGAACAUGUAUAAUACAUAAUGAUGAACUAGGAAGUCUGUAAACAAAGGAUAUUGUGCAAUACAUAAUGAUGAACUAGGAAGUAUGUAAACAUAAGGCAUGUAUAAUACAUAAUGAUGAACUAGGAAGUCUGUAACAUAAGACAUGUAUAAUACAUAAUGAUGAACUAGGAAUUCUGUAAACAAAGGAUAUUGUGCAAUACAUAAUGAUGAACUAGGAAGUCUGUAAACAUAAGGCAUGUAUAAUACAUAAUGAUGAACUUGGAAGUCUGUAAACAUAGGACAUGUAUAAUACAUAAUGAUGAACUAGGAAGUCUGUAAACAUAGGACAUGUAUGACACAUAAUGAUGAACUAGGAAUUCUGUAAACAAAGGAUAUUGUGCAAUACAUAAUGAUGAACUAGGAAGUCUGUAAACAUAGGACAUGUAUAAUACAUAAUGAUGAACUAGGAAGUCUGUAAACAUAAGACAUGUAUAAUACAUAAUGAUGAACUAGGAAGUCUGUAAACAUAGGACAUGUAUAAUACACUAGGAAGUCUGUAAACAUAGGACAUGUAUAAUACAUAAUGAUGAACUAGGAAGUCUGUAAACAUAAGACAUGUAUAAUACAUAAUGAUGAACUAGGAAGUCUGUAAACAUAAGACAUGUAUAAUACAUAAUGAUGAACUAGGAAGUCUGUAAACAUAAGACAUGUAUAAUACAUAAUGAUGAACUAGGAAGUCUGUAAACAUAAGGCAUGUAUAAUACAUAAUGAUGAACUAGGAAGUCUGUAAACAUAAGACAUGUAUCAUACAUAAUGAUAAACUAGGAAGUCUGUAAACAUAAGGCAUGUAUAAUACAUAAUGAUAAACUAGGAAGUCUGUAAACAUAAGACAUGUAUAAUACAUAAUGGUGAACUAGGAAGUCUGUAAACAUAAGGCAUAUAUAAUACAUAAUGAUGAACUUGGAAGUCUGUGAACAUAGGACAUGUAUAAUAUAUAAUGAUGAACUAGGAAUUCUGUAAACAAAAGAUAUUGUGCAAUACAUAAUGAUAAACUUGGAAGUAAGUAAACAUGUAAAAAUGAUGAACUAGGAAGUUUAUAACAUAGGACAGUAAUAUGGAUGGCAAAAUAGUCAACGUAGAACUUUUUAAGUAUUAGUAUAUACAAGGCAUAGAACUCGAUAAAUCUAAAAAUUAGAACAAGUUUUAUAAUACAAUGAAAACUAUAUUAUAUACAAACAGGUUUUGUUAUACAUGUUCAGUUGUUUCUUCAUAAUAAUACAUUCCCUUCUGUAAAUUAUUAGAACUUGAUUUUGUUGUUUUCUGUUUUUAUCAAAGGAAAGCUCAAUUAUGUUAUGGUGUCAAUAAUAUUCAUAUAUUGUGAUGAGAAUAAACUUCUUACAAUCAUCAAGUUACGGUUAUGUUUAAUAAGGUCUGGCUUGCUUACUGUAAAAGAAAAAUUCUGUUACAAACAAUUAUAAACAAGCCAUUGAUUAAAUGUUAAAAUAGAAUAAAAACUGCCUUCCAAUUUUAAAGGUUUCAAGUUAAAUUAGAUGUUUCAAGUCAUUUGAUAUUACUUUAUAAGUGGAAAAUAUUUUCCUACAUUUAUAAACUUGAGUUUUGUGAGAUAUUAAAAAAAGUAAAUGAAUAUGUAAGUGCCUACAGUGAUUUAAGAUUACAUGAAUGAAAUGAAAUAAGCAAAAAUGUAUUUUUUCUAGUAUAGUAAUUGACCAGUCACUAUAGUUACUAACUCUCAUGCCUGUGAGGAUUGUACUAUCUGCUUGGACAAAACCUUAGACAAAUAAAUAUAUAUUAUGCCAUAUGCUUUAAGGUCUAUAUAAUGUAAAGAUAGAUGCAGAUGACAUGUUUUGCUAAGAAUUCAUGCUUGUUAAACAGAUUGUUACUUGAGAGAAUGAUAAGAAGAAAAAUUGUAACAAAUAAUACUUGUUUAUUGAUAAUUAAGCACCAUUAAAUGAUUACAGUUACAUUUCUUACAUUGUUCCGCAAUAGAUUUAGACAAAAUUUUGAUUAAAUGACCCUCAGUUCAUGGGCUAAAACAGAUUCGUAAUACCAUGUUGACUGUUUGUAAAUCAGUACAUAUAUUAGAUUGUUUAAGCCAAUAUUGAUACUUGCUACUAAAGAGAAACAAAUGACAUCCUAUUUUGCUUUAUUGCUUGAAUACAUCUUACAAAGUAAUUAAGACUGAUAAUUAUCAGAAAUAAUAUAAUCAUUUAGAGGAGAAUAAUUUGUUAGGGAAAAAAUGGAUUGCACAUGAGAAAAAUGAUAAAAGCUUGCUCUGAUAUCAGAACAAAAGUUUGAAAAUGGAAACGACAAUCAUAGUUUUUAUGAUUUACAAAAUUCAAUUAGAUUAAUCAAUGCACUCAAUUAUUAUUGAUACAUUAUUUAUACACACCUUAAUGUAUAAUGCCCACUAUGGAUACAGCUCAAUCAAAAUAAUAUUUUUAGUAUUAAAAUCAUAUUUAUUAUCAAAUUACUCAGCUUAUAUCUGGCAAUUAAUGUCAUAAUGUAUUUAUGUAUAUUUUAACUAAAUUUAAUUAAGGAUAGUUGGUACAACUCAAAUUUUUUGGUGAAUAAAAUGGCUUUAUGGUGUAACAUGAGAACAUUUAUUAUUGCUGAUGAUUAAAUUUAAUUGAUACUGCCUUGUUACAUUCUAAGACAGUAAGACCAAUUUUUUUUAUAAUUACUUAUGGUUAACAGUACAAAACAUAAUUAAAGCUUUAAGUUUGUUUACGACAUGAAAUAGAAAAUUAGAAAAAACAUUAGUUCAAGAUUUCCUGUUAUCAAAAUAUGAAGAAAAGUAACCAAUAUAUAUAAAAUCAAUGCAUAUUUGAGAGCAAUAAAAUUAUUUGAGAUUUGAAUUUUGUAAAGUAUACCUUUACAUUAUUUUGAGUUCUUUUACAUCAAUAUUCUCUGGAUUCACUACGUUUCCAUAGUUACAAGGUUAAAUGAUUUGUUACAUAUUCAUGAUAGGAUUGUGAAAGUUGACAUAUAUCACAAAAUGUUUGAGCCUUUUAGCCUUUUGGAAAGAAGGAAAACAAACUACACAAUGUAUACACAAAAUUUCUUUAAUGUUAGAAACACACUAGUGAAAUGUUGAUGUAUAGACAUAAAUGCAAACAAUUACCAGGUUGUUAGUUACAUAGAAGCAGUGAUGUAAAGAUAUUAGUUCAGAAAAUUAACCUUACAUAAAGUAUGGGACAAACUUUUAACUACUGCCUCUCAUAGCAUUUGAAACUUGCUGUUGUUUAGCACAUGUAUAAAAUCUAGAAAAAGGGUGUUAGUAACACAGUUGUAAAAUUGAUGCCAUAAAGACUGUAAAAGUCAUGUUUUACAUUGAGAAUGCAAAGGGACUCUUUGCUUGUGAAUAUAUAUUAACGCAUUUUGUAAACAGUGUAUGAUAUAUUAUUUCAGUUUGAUUUAUAUAGAUUACUCUUCUACAGAGUUUAAAAUUGCACAUUAGAUAAUCGUAGUUGGUUUUAUCACAUGCUCGCCUUGCCAAUCUUGGUUCUUAAGAGAUUAAAAACAUUUUGUAUUUUAUGUUAACGUAAAUAGUCAAUUUCUGAUAUUGGAAAUGAAUUCUGCUGUAGAAGUGUGUCAAAAUUGUGACAAGUUUUGUUAAUUUUAGAUGAUCAGUAACUUUUAUCAGUUAUAAUUUUUUCAAACUUUGUCUACUUUUCAUUUAAGCAAGUGUGUAUGAUAUUAUAUCAUAAAAUCUAUUAUUGUUAAUUUUAUAAAAAAUUGUACACAGGUUCUUGGUGGGUUUUUUUCUUGUUUUUUUUUUCUUUUGACUAUCAUUCAUUCAUAUACUUCUAUUGGCAUUUUUCAGAAGCUGUAAUAUGUACAGAUGAUAUUGUUUUUGAUUCAUAUUACUCAAAAUUUGCCUCAUAAUAUCCUUAAGAGAUUUGUAUUCAUUCCACAAUUUUAUUUACAAAUAUACUCACUUUGUAUGAUUAAAUUUUGUAUAACGACUUACAACA